GCGGAGCCCAGCAAUGGAAUGGCUGCUUGGGGAGCACAGCGGCAAGGGAGGGCCUUCAUUCCCCGGGCGGAGGUUGAAUGGCCCCGACCAGCCUCAGAGGGAAUGAGGCUGUGUGGGAGCCUGUGGAGAAGGAGGGCAAUUUUCGUCUGGGCAGCUGCGUGGAAGCACCUGAGGCUGCAGUCUGGGCAUGGCUCUCCUUCCUUUCCUGAGGCAGAGUGCGAGUUUUGGGAAUUGUGAUCCUGGGUUCGAGUUUGUGACCUGCCUCCAGCUAUGUGGCCUCGAGAGAGUUACCAACCUUUGAGCCUCGAGUUCCACACCUGAAAAACAGAACAGUAAUCAAUCACUCUUGCCUGUCUCACCGCGCUUGGCAGGAUGAGGAUAUUGAAUAAUAUAAUACGUUUAAGAAAAAAAUGGAUGAAGAACCUGAGAGAACUAAGCGAUGGGAAGGAGGCUAUGAAAGAACAUGGGAGAUUCUUAAAGAAGAUGAAUCAGGAUCACUUAAAGCUACAAUAGAAGACAUUCUCUUCAAAGCAAAGAGAAAAAGAGUAUUUGAGCAUCAUGGACAAGUUCGACUUGGAAUGAUGCGCCAUCUUUAUGUGGUAGUAGAUGGAUCAAGAACAAUGGAAGACCAAGACUUAAAGCCGAAUAGACUGACAUGUACUUUAAAGAUUGGAAUAAUUGUAACAAAGGGUAAAAGAGCUGAAAAACUGACAGAACUAUCAGGUAUGCAUAAAAUUUCCUUUACAGGACUCAAGGACUUGGCUUUAUUGACCAAACCCUGUUCAUAAGGUUGUCUAGUACGUAAAAUGAAGCCUUCCUGUAUGUUCUAUAGGUGAAACACCUAAUAAACCCUCCAUUAAACUCUCAGUAUCUAAGAUGAACUGUUUUAAAUUGAUUUCUGCACAGUGGUGAAUAGUAUUACAAUGAAAGCAAAUGUGUUUUUUUAAGAUCUAUACAUUCU